AAAUAAAGCCUAAAUGAAACUCUAGUUGAGUAUGAGACUUCAAAUUCCGGCAUCAAACUAAUUUGUGAGGCAGUAGAGGGAGCUAGAAUGCUAGGGGCAGCGAAAAUAAUUGGCAUAGACAAAAACCCCUUAAAGAAGGAAAAGGGACAAGCUUUUGGAAUGACUGAUUUCAUAAACCCAGAGGAAUCAAACAAACCAGUUUCUAAGUUGAUUAAAGACUUAACUGGUGGAAUGGGUGUUAGCUACAGCUUUGAGUGCACUGGAUCUACACCAUUAGUCAAUGAAGCAAUUGAAGCCACAAAGAUGGGAAUCGGAAAAACCAUAAUAAUUGGCACGGGAGAACAUCUUAACAUGCAGGUAAAUUUCCUUUCCCUUGUUUGUGGCAGAACUUUGAAGGGAUCUGUCUUUGGAGGGAUCAAAGCCAAAACCGACCUCCCAUUGGUGCUCAAAAAAUGCAAAAAUAAGGAAAUCAAACUUGACGGAAUUUUGACUCAUGAGGUUCAGCUUGGAGACAUAAACAGGGCAUUUGAGUUAUUGAAGCAACUGGAUUGUGUGAAGGUUCUUAUCAAAAUUUGAUGGAUAUGAGUCGCAACAAGAAAUAAAACGAUGAAAGAAGAUGAGUGGGGCCAAAAAAGUGCGACGAAAUCUUUAUAAUCCUAAAUAACAGUGCUCUAAAAUAAUAGUUGAAAAAUAGUGGCCCAAUAUGUACUCUUUGUUUGUCAUAAUGUUAAUUUUAUUUAGCAAGUACAUCUUGAUAACAUAAAUUUCGUAGAGGCUU